UCGAUCGAAGUUGUGCUCUUGAGCAAGGCACGGCCACACUCGCGUCGGACCGAAGAGGAGGAGGACUUCCCCCGGGCCAUGCAGAGGACAACGGUGGGCUCCCUGCCAACUUUCCACUUAAAUAAAAGGCCACGCCCACUUCCUGCUCACCUGAAUAUAAGCUCACCUUGCAGCAUCAGCAGCACACAUCCCCUGCUGCCCUCCUUCACCCCGAUUGUCGUUUCCAGUCCAUCUUGAGAACAUAUUGCGCCUCAUCAUGGCCUCGAGCAUGUCACUUCGGGGUUACUCCGUAAGCCGUCAGCCGUCUUUCACCAGCCGCUCCCUGAUGGACACCAGCCGCACCCGGAUUUCCGUCCCGUUCGCCAGCGGCGGCAAGCUGACACGAUCGGCGUCCAUCAGCCAUGACCUCAGCGGGCCGGCCAGCUUGCAGCUGAACGGGCUGCACGGCAACAACGCCAACGAGAAAGAGGCCAUGCAGAGUCUCAACAGCCGUCUGGCCAAAUACCUGGACAAGGUGCACACGCUGGAACACUCCAACGCCGACCUGGAGUUGAAGAUCAAGCAAGUGAUGAUUGAGCGCAUUCCAAAAGGCCAUGACCUUGACUCCAUGAUGGCCCAGGCUCAUGCGGUUGAGCAGGAGGUGAGGAAGAAGACCCUGGAAAAUGCUCGUCUCAUGUUGGAGAUUGAUAACGCCAGGCUGGCUGCUGAUGACUUUAGGAUCAAAUGGGAGACUGAACUGGUGAUGUGUCAGUCAGUGGAGCGAGACUGCGUGGCCCUGAAGAAGGCAAAGAGCGACCACGACCAGAUCAUCGCCUCCCUCAGGGGCGACCUAGACAGCCUAAAAGAGGAACUUUACUUCCUCAGGAAGAACCACGAGGAGGAACUGGAACAAAUGAAGUCUCGUAUAGCCCGGGAUGAGGUUAAUGUGGAGGUGGACUCGGCCCAGGGACCCGAGCUGGGAGCUGUCCUGUCUGAACUGAGGAUCCAAUAUGAGAGCAUCGUCAAGAAAAACAAGGAACAUGCCGAGAACUGGUACCGCAAGAAGCUGGAGACGGUGCAGAACGACGUGAAGGAGAACAACGAGGCCCUGAGAGGUGCCCAGAGCGAGUUGGUUGACAGGCAGCGGUUUCUUCAAAACCUCGAAGUGGAGCUGGAGAGUUUGCAGAAGCAGGUUGCGGCCCUGGAAGGCAACCUAGGCGAAACUAAUCACAAGUACGCUGGCGAGAUGGAGCGUCUGCAGGUCACCCUGAACCAGCUGGAAGAUGACCUCUCGCAGCUCCGCUUGGACAUGCAGCGCACCAAGACCGACUACGAGCAGCUCCUGCGCAUCAAACAGAACCUGGAGAUGGAGAUCGCUACCUAUAGGCGCCUGCUGGAGGGAGAGGAAAGCCUUAAGGAAAUGCCACCACCAAAAAAAGAACCCGAUGUUCGCACCAGGAAGAUCGUCAAAGUGGUGACGCAGACGAUGAUCAACGGAAAAGUGGUGGAUGAAUCCAGCGAGGUGGAGCAAAUCGAAGAAACCAAGAAAUAGGAGGUGCAUUUAGGAGAUCAUAAAAAAAAAGCAAAAAGUAUUUGAGAAAUAUGAAUCUUUAUUCAUUACCGUGGGCAUUAUUCGUCUUUCUGUAUUAUGAAAUGUACUCUAACAUAGCCGUGCGUGCUAACACCAUUCUUAAAUAAGAUUAUUAGGUGAAAAGGGCAGCUAACUAAGCGUUUUACAAAAGAAUACCGAAAAAAUAUUUACGUCUUCGGGUAGCAAAGUUUACCAUAGCACGUGCAAGGAGAAAGUUUAAAUCAUCCUGUAUUAAUGUUUCACUCAAUAAAUGACAUCAUGCACUCUUA